AUAUUGAUGAAUGCCAAGACAUGAGCCAAAAUAACUGUGAGAAGCAAGAGUAUUGUUUUAACGUGGAUGGAAAUUAUACUUGCAAAUGCCCUAAAGGUUUCUACGGGAAUGCCACUGAAACACAUCCUUGUACUCGCAUUGACACCAGCCGAAACAAACUUUUAUUAGUAAUCAAAAUCAUUGUUGGUGUUGGUAGCGGCAUCAUUGUUUUGCUGAUGGUAGGAUUUUGGUUUUAUUGGCGUCAUGAAAAUAAGAAGCUCCAAAAAUUGAGGAAGACUUGCUUUGCUCAAAAUGGUGGAAACAUUUUACUACAAAAACUUUCAAAUAGAGACAUUUCGGUUGGCAACAUGGUUAGAUUUUUCAAAGUUGAAGAGCUUAUGAAGGCUACCGAAAACUAUAGUGAGAAAAGUGUCAUUGGUCGAGGAGGCUUUGGCAUGGUUUACAAAGGAAUCAUACCAGACGGCCAAGUAGUUGCCAUUAAAAAGUCCCUUAAAGUCGAUUCUAGUCAGGUCGAGCAAUUCACAAAUGAAGUCAUCGCCUUAUCUCAAAUCAACAAUAAAAACGUGGUAAAACUCUUGGGUUGUUGCUUGGAGACUGAGGUACCUUUACUUGUUUACGAAUUUAUAAGCAAUGGUACCUUGCAAGAUCAUUUGCACAAUGAAGAAAAAUUUAGUUUUCUUAGUUGGGAUGUUCGAUUAAAUAUAGCCACCGAUGUUGCUAAUGUAUUAGCAUAUUUACAUACUACGAUUUCCACGCCAAUUAUUCAUAGAGAUAUUAAGUCCGCCAACAUACUCUUGGAUGAUAAGUACACUGCAAAAGUUGCAGAUUUCGGGGCUUCUAAGCUAGCACCCGUAGAUCAAGAUCAGUUAGCAACAAUGGUCCAAGGAACAUGCGGCUAUCUUGAUCCUGAGUAUAUGCAGACGGGUGAACUAACUGAGAAGAGUGAUGUUUAUAGCUUUGGUGUUGUUCUUGUCGAACUACUUACACAAGAAAAGGCAAUUUGUUAUAAUAAGCCUGAGAGUGAGCGCAGUCUUGCUGUAUAUUUUCUUCGUAAGGUAAAGGAGGGCCACUUGUUUGAGAUUCUUGAUAGCAAAAUAGUGAGCAAUGAAGCAAGCGAUCAGCUUAAAGAAGUUGCAAAUCUUGCUAAGGUAUGUUUAAAACUUAAAGGGGAGCAUCGUCCGACAAUGAAGGAAGUCGCAAGAGAAUUAGAGAAGAUUAAAGGAUUGGGAUACCAUCCAUGGUCGAAUAAAGAGAAGCUCCUUGAAGAAGAAAAUGAACUUUUGCUUGCAGAGACACGGGUUAUUAACGAUGAGUAUCACGAUCAUAGCAUGAACGAGGCUUUGAGCAGCCAAAGUAGAGUUGUGCAAUUGGUUCCUUUGAAUGAUGGGAGAUGAAGAUUAUCUCUUAUUUUUCAAGAGUUCAAAUCCUGUAUUUGAUCAUCUUGUAGUAUAAUUUGUACAAGUUUUAUUUAGGGUAAAUUAUAUUUUUUGGCUUUUAAGUUCAACCUACUUAAUAAGCUAGUGUCUUUGAAUUGGAAAGGAGAGCACCAACAAAUAAAUCAGUUUACAUCCCAAAAGACAAGGCAAAGCCUUACUGUCUUUGUUUAACAGUAAGGAAAAAUAUGGUUCUUUGAUGGUACCCUCUGAAUGAUGGUGUGUUUGUACAUAAUCUGCUUGAUGAACCUUUCAAAAUUCUCGCCUACUAUUUCAAAUAUUUAUGGGUGUUUAGGUAUUGGUAGUAAAUCGUGAUAUAAAAAUAAAUUUUAAACUUUUACA